AACCUAACCAUGGUUAGAAAUAUAUGUCCCAUUUUUGUUAUAAAUAGUAGAGCCACGGCAGAGGCUUGAUCUCAUUCUCAACAGCUAAUUCCGAAAGGCGUCUUAAUAAACGCUUAUUAGGGUUUCACCUUUGAUUUCGUUGUUUCUCGAUUCUCGUUUCAUUUCCAUUAGAUUUGUAUUUAUAUAGAUUGUGAUUUAAUUGUAUCGAAGAUGAGAGAGUGCAUCUCCAUUCACAUCGGUCAGGCUGGUAUUCAGGUCGGAAAUGCUUGCUGGGAACUCUAUUGCCUUGAACACGGCAUUCAGCCUGAUGGCCAGAUGCCAAGUGACAAGACUGUUGGCGGAGGUGAUGAUGCUUUCAACACCUUUUUCAGCGAAACUGGUGCAGGGAAGCAUGUCCCGAGGGCUAUUUUUGUGGAUCUUGAACCCACAGUGAUUGAUGAAGUUAGGACUGGAACUUAUCGCCAGCUCUUUCACCCAGAGCAAUUGAUCAGUGGCAAGGAGGAUGCUGCAAACAACUUUGCCCGUGGUCACUACACAAUUGGAAAAGAAAUUGUUGAUCUCUGCCUGGAUCGUAUCAGAAAGCUUGCUGAUAACUGCACUGGACUCCAGGGCUUCCUUGUUUUUAAUGCUGUCGGUGGGGGCACUGGGUCAGGUCUUGGUUCCUUGCUUCUAGAGCGUCUGUCUGUUGACUAUGGAAAGAAGUCUAAACUCGGGUUUACUGUGUACCCUUCACCACAGGUCUCAACUUCAGUUGUUGAGCCCUACAACAGUGUCCUCUCGACACACUCCCUUCUUGAGCACACAGAUGUUGCUAUACUUCUUGACAAUGAAGCAAUAUAUGACAUCUGCAGGCGCUCACUUGACAUUGAGCGCCCAACCUACACCAAUCUUAACAGGCUUGUUUCUCAGGUGAUUUCCUCCCUGACUGCAUCUCUGAGGUUUGAUGGUGCCUUGAAUGUGGAUGUCACAGAAUUUCAGACCAACUUGGUCCCCUAUCCCAGGAUUCACUUUAUGCUUUCCUCCUAUGCUCCUGUCAUCUCAGCUGAGAAAGCAUACCACGAGCAGCUUUCUGUGGCAGAAAUCACGAACAGUGCAUUUGAGCCUUCUUCUAUGAUGGCAAAGUGUGAUCCCAGGCAUGGAAAGUAUAUGGCUUGCUGCCUGAUGUACCGUGGUGAUGUUGUUCCCAAGGAUGUGAAUGCAGCUGUUGCUACUAUUAAGACCAAGCGUACUAUUCAGUUUGUUGACUGGUGCCCUACUGGUUUCAAGUGUGGUAUCAACUACCAGCCACCCACUGUUGUUCCUGGUGGAGACCUUGCUAAGGUUCAAAGGGCUGUUUGCAUGAUCUCCAAUUCAACCAGUGUCGCAGAGGUGUUCUCCCGAAUUGAUACCAAGUUUGAUCUGAUGUACUCAAAGCGUGCUUUUGUGCAUUGGUACGUUGGUGAAGGAAUGGAGGAAGGUGAGUUCUCGGAAGCUCGCGAGGAUCUCGCUGCACUUGAGAAAGAUUAUGAAGAGGUUGGUGCUGAGGGUGGUGAGGAUGAAGGUGAUGAGGGAGAGGACUACUGAAGGAAACAUGGACCAUCAUGAUGUGACCUUUGUUUUGUUUGUUUCUUAUGAUGUUUUCAGAUGUCCAGUCGCAGUACUGUGACUCACUUGCACUGUUCUAUUCUAUCCUUGCAUUUAAACAACUGUUUUCGGUAUUGAUGUUGCUGUGUUUUUAAAACAUGAAAGUCUUUUCUUGUUUGGGAUGCAAUUCUCUUUGUUUUGGAAUGAUAAAUGAAAUGUUCUUUGCUGCA